CUUACAGUGUUUUGUUAUUUUAACAGGGCCGCCACGUUAAGACUGGGCAGCUAGCUGCAAUCAAAGUGAUGAAUGUUACUGAGAAUGAAGAGGAGGAAAUCAAAUUGGAAAUAAAUAUGCUAAAAAAAUAUUCCCAUCAUCGGAAUAUUGCUACAUAUUAUGGUGCAUUUGUAAAGAAGAGUCCUGCAGGCCAAGAUGAUCAGCUCUGGCUAGUGAUGGAGUACUGUGGUGCUGGCUCUGUCACUGAUCUGGUAAAGAAGACAAAAGGGAACUGUUUUAAGGAAGACUGGAUUGCAUACAUCUGCAGAGAGGUUCUCAGGGGCUUGGCACACCUUCAUGCUCAUCAUGUCAUCCAUCGAGAUAUUAAGGGACAGAAUGUUCUUCUCACAGAAAAUGCAGAAGUAAAACUGGUGGAUUUUGGUGUAAGUGCCCAGCUGGAUAGAACCAUUGGGAGAAGAAACACUUUCAUUGGAACGCCAUAUUGGAUGGCACCUGAAGUCAUUGCUUGUGAGGAGAACCCGGAUUCUACCUAUGAUUACAGAAGUGACCUGUGGUCUUUGGGAAUCACUGCUAUUGAAAUGGCUGAAGGAGCUCCUCCCCUGUGUGACAUGCACCCCAUGAGAGCACUCUUCCUCAUCCCACGGAACCCGCCCCCAAAGCUGAAAUCCAGAAAAUGGUCAAAGAAAUUCCUUAAUUUUGUUGAAAGCUGCCUUGUAAAAAAUUAUUUGCAUCGUCCGUCCACUGAAACCUUGCUUAAGCACUCUUUUAUCCGAGACAUGCAGAAUGAACGGCAAGUGCGCAUCAUGCUGAAAGACCACCUGGAUAGGACCAGGAAGAAGAAAGGAGAAAAGGAGGAAACAGAUUAUGAUUACAGUGGAAGUGAGGAGGAAGAUGAUGAGCUGAAUGAAGAUGAAGGAGAACCAAGCUCCAUAGUUAAUCUCCCUGGGGAGUCAACGCUCCGUCGUGAGUUUCUGAGGCUGCAGCAGGAGAACAAAAACCGUUCUGACCCUCAACGCCAGCAGCAGCAGCUGAAGGACCAGGAGAAAUACAAGAAGCAGCUGCUGACAGAGCGGCAGAAACGCAUCGAGCAGCAGAAAGAGCAGAGGAGGAGGCUGGAGGAUCAUCAGAGGCGAGAGCAGGAGCUCCGAAGGCAGCAGGAGUGCGAGCAGAGGUGGGCUGAGGCUAAGGAUGUUCAGAGGAGAGAGGAGAGGUGUAAGGAAGACAAAAGGGCUGUGGAAGAUGAUGAACGGUUCAUAGCAGAUGGGCAGAGGAAAUCAGAAAAGAAGCAGAAAAAGGUGGAAGAGGUGCAGCACAACAGGAAGGGGCAUCGAACUCUCCCCAAAGAUCAGACACAGCUGCUGUCUCUCCAGCAUGACCACAAGCAGAAGAAGAAGGAGCCUUCCAAGAGUUCAAAUUCAGCAGUACAUCUUCCAUCAAGCAACACAACCAAAGAGGCCGAGGACCGAAGAAAGAGAAGUGAUGGCACCCAGCCUGCCCUGCAGUGGCCUGCGGCGCUGGGGCACGACGCCAUGCCACAGGCGAGGGUGGGCUCUGGCAGCAGCUCCAGCCCCUGCACCCCUGCGCUGCAGAGAGCCGUCUUAGUGCAGUGUGACAAUUUCCAGGCCAGUAGAGAUGUGUACCACAGCAGCUCGCUGUCAGACAUGAUGACCACACUAGUUGGCCUUGGACAGGAUGACGUAUUCUGGAGCGGAAGUCAAAGUGGAGAACAGCCCCCAAAGGUUCCAGAAAGGACAACCUCCAAAUUUUACAGCAGGGAUCAACCUGGCCAACAGAGAUGCCAUUCAAGUAACAGCCAUCAGCUGUCCCCAGGGGGACACGCUCUGAAGGUCAACAGCAGCAGCAGCACUGCUGGCAACAAGCCGUGGGAGAUGGCAUCUCAUCAGAACAGCCGACCCACCUCAGGGAAUCCAGGACCUGCUAAGGGAGAGAAUGCUUUGUCACACAAUCACUUGCAGCUGCAUAAGAAGCCUGAAGAAGUUUCUCACCCGGGCCAGAUGGCAAGCCCAUGUUCCUUUGCCAAGGGGAAGGACAGUGCCAAUUUGUUCCUGAAAGCAGCAGACUAUUCCUCAUCAAGUGACGAAGCCAGCAGUAGUGACGAAGAUGACACGAACCAUGCCAGGCAACUGCUGAGCAGCAGAGUGGCAGAUUUCUCAAGGACAGGAGUACCAGAUGGAAUUGAACUGAAACCCCAAAGCACCGUCGCAGAACAGAAGGAUCAGGUUUUAGGGAAACAAAUUUCAAGUACCCAAGAAGGCCUCUGGGGCAUAAACAACCAGAACUAUCUCCUGCCAGAUCUUCUCCAGCAAAGCCAAAUUUCAAACACUUCUGUGAACCCACCAAAAGUGCCACUGACUAACCAGGAACCUCAGAACAAAUCUCUGAGUAAGACCCCAUCCACUGAAAGUACACCUUCAAAGAGCAGCACAUCAUCUACAACAUCCUUCACUUCUUUCAUAGAUCCUCGACUUCUGCCAAUCACCCCUCCUACCAGUCCAGUAGGACCUCCCUGUAGUUCUUCGUCUAGUGCAAAACCCGAGCCUGUCAGGAGAGAAAAUGCAAGGAAGGGUUCUGUUGUCAAUGUUAACCCAACAAAUAUCCGCCCACAGAGCGACAGUCCAGAAAUUCGUAAAUACAAGAAGAAAUUCAACUCAGAGGUCCUUUGUGCUGCUUUGUGGGGAGUAAAUCUACUGGUGGGAACAGAAAACGGAUUGUGGCUUCUGGACAGAAGUGGGCAAGGAAGAGUUUAUUCACUAAUUACAAGGAGAAGAUUCCAGCAAAUGGAUGUUCUGGAAGGACUCAAUGUGCUAAUUACUAUAUCAGGGAAGAAGAAUAAGUUGAGAGUCUAUUACCUGUCAUGGCUGAGAAAUAAGAUUUUGCGCAAUGAUCCGGAGGUGGAGAAGCGACAAGGCUGGGUGUCUGUGGGUGACCUGGAAGGCUGUGUACACUACAAAGUUGUAAAAUAUGAGAGAAUCAAAUUCCUUGUAAUUGCUUUGAAAAGCUCAGUGGAGGUUUAUGCUUGGGCUCCGAAGCCUUAUCACAAAUUCAUGGCUUUUAAGUCCUUUACCUCACUUCAUCACAAACCGCUGUCAGUUGACCUGACUGUUGAAAAUGGACAAAGAUUAAAAGUGAUCUAUGGCUCUCUAGUAGGCUUUCACGCUAUUGAUGUGGACUCUGGAUCUGUGUAUGACCUCUACCUUCCAACACAUAUCCAGGGAACUAUUCGCCCACAUGCCAUUAUCAUCCUCCCGAAUACCAGUGGAAUGGAACUUCUGCUCGCCUACGAAGAUGAAGGCAUCUACAUUGAUAUAUAUGGGCAUUUCACAAAGGAAACAGUUUUGCAGUGGGGAGAAAUGCCAGCAUCUGUAGCUUACCUUCAAUCUAAUCAGGUCAUGGGCUGGGGAGAGAAGGCGAUUGAACUGCGCUCUGUGGAAACAGGGAAUCUGGAAGGAGUAUUUAUGCACAAGAAAGCGCAGAAGCUAAAAUUUCUAUGUGAAAGAAACGACAAGGUGUUCUUUGCAUCUGUACAAUCAGGAGGCAGCAGUCAAAUUUACUUUAUGACUCUUGGUCAAAAUGUACUAUUCAACUGGUAAAUCGCAUCAGAAUGAAGGAUGCUUUGAAGUUCCCUGUAGCUAGCUGUGUAAAAUGCUUGGAGGUAAUAUGUAUGAAUUUGCACUUUUUAUCAACAAAAAUCUUGUCAUUAUUAUCAAAAUUCAUAUUCUUGCAGUUUGGAAAGAGUUCUAUUUUCCUGUCAAAAUCUUGUAAACACAUUUAGCUCGUCUUCUCAAACGUGUCACAAGCAAAGACUGUAUUCAUAGUGUUAGGAGAGAGCAAGCUUAAUGAAGAAUGUAUCCAAUAUAACAAGCUCCUGUACUCUGGUGAGUGCACAGUUUCUUUUAUUACAGAUAAUCUAAUGUUAUCAUCUCUCUUUCUUAGACGCAACAUCUCUACAUAGAUACAAAAACACAGGUUGGAUGGCAAAUUGGAAUCUGUUUUGAAUUGUUUUUUAGCUUGUUAUGUAUUUUAAGCAAGUCAUUAUUAUUUCAUGAGGACUUGCUUGUCUGAGUCUCACCAUGAGUGAAAGAGCAGAUCUUCAUGAAGGCCUGAUGCAGUUCAGGGUGCAGAGGGGUCGUGUCCUGUGGCAGAGAACGGGUGUUUUUUCCUGCAGUGCUGUAAAGGCAGCUGCCUGCAGCCACGUGCCCUACGUGGCAGAUCUUACAAAAGGCAGGGAACAGACUUUGUGUUUCUCUCAGGGCUGGAAGCCUGAGCCAAUAGACACAGUUACUGUAGAACGUACUUGUAAAAACAGCCUAAAUAGAAGUUUGUCUUAAUCAUAUAUGCAGUACAGAGCAGAACUUGGAACUUUUACUCAACCAAGGGACCCACACUCGUGUGAGUUGAUUUAAAGCACUACCUGUGUACAUAAGCCGCAGGAUUAGGCACCAUCUUUUCUUUCUUGCUUGCUCUUUUAGCAACAAGUCUUCAUGUAUUUGUAUGUAAAUAUAAUCUUUCCCAAAAUGGAUAUUAACAAAUGUAUUCUGAAUAUAGCUAUGAAAAUAUCCAAAGAGUUAAUCUAUUAUAAAUAGAAAAUAUAAAUAAUUUCAGGUGCUUUCUAUGCUAAUUGCAUCAAAAUAAAGCUGCAUCCACUAGUGUUAUCAGUGCCAGUGUUUCUGCAUAAACUUUGUUCUCAGGGGCAUGUAACUUGGCCAUCAAACUACACAGACUGCAGUUCUGUGAUUAAAUCGUAGGGUUUGAUGCAGUCAUCAUUUAGCUCAUUUUCGGAUAUGCUUUGAGAAUGUAAAGCAUCAAAUGUAACACAAAAGAGCUUAUUCAAGACAUGACACAGUAUGGAUGACGCUGUAGGCAAAAGUGGAAUUGAUAGCUACAGUGUGUGGAAGUAGGCGCUUUAUACUUGAAAUAUGUGAUACUGAAAGGUGCGGGGAAAGCGUAUUGGAGUAUCUCUGGUUGUCUACCUCAAGGAUGAUGAUACACAAUUUACUAAGGGGAGAAAUAAAGUUGUUAAAACUGGUAGCCAUUUUUUUACAGCGUGUCAAGCUAAGGCAGUGUUAGCAGUCGUUUGUGACUGACUGGUGCUCAGACUGCGGCCAUCAGCUCCAGAACUGCUAUCCUUGUACAAAACUGCAGCACGGAAUCAAAGCAGGGAGUCCUCGGCCCUUGCCCGCAGUGGCGCUUGUGCUGCUGCAGGCAGAUCGGAUGCCUGCACCACUGCUUGUCGGUGUUCUUUGGUUAUGCGGAAGACUGCACUUUCCAAAGUUGUUAACCUAGCACUUUCCAUGAGCACUAGCUUAUCUCAAAAUGUAUUGUGGUUUUUAUGAAGUAUUUUCCUCUGCAGAGUUUUACCUUAGAGAAGCCUAAGCCAUGCUAGAGUGUACGUGCAGUUACAUACUUAAAGUAAACUUAAAUGCAGGCAAGUAAUCUGCUUGUGUACAGACUUAAAAUCCGAGUGGUGGGCAAAGCUGCAUGAAGCAGGUCUCUGUCUCUGAUAUUCCUACCUGGUGUCUGUGCCAGGGCCAUAUUUUUUACCUGGCUCUUUGCUACUGAGCACUGCGUUUGUUUUGAUCAACUUUUACCAAAAACAAACAACAGCAAAAGAACAGAAGCAAAGAUGAAAGUUACAGGGAAAAGAAAAAAAAUUACAAUCAAUCAGAAAUACAAUUUACUUGCUUUUACCUCCAAUAAAAAGUCUAAGAAACUGUAAAGAAAGAACACCUUUCAUUUCCUACCCAGUGGGUGUGCAAAACUUGCUUGCAAAACUGCUCUUGCCGUAAGCAAUCAGUGACCCAGGCUGCUCGACAGUAUUUUUUGAACUGUGCUUAUCACAACAGCCUCCGCAUUACAUGGCAGGCAUAUGAAUUACUCCCCUCCUCCCACGGUGGUGCCAACAGGAAAGGGGCAGAUCUUCUUGGUGCUAGGCACUUGUUUAAAAGGAUUUAGCAGAGAACAAUGGAAAUUCAGGCCAUCCUGUGCCAAGGGGCUAAAGAAGCAAAAUGCCAUCAAACUUGUUUAAUAUUACUGUAACAGCAAAGUGUGACAGUAAGAGGAUACUGUGUGAAAAUGUUUAGCUCCACACCAAGAAAUAAAGCUUAAGAGAAGGAACCUGUGCUACUGCAUUAAGAUUUUAAUCUCUCAUUCUGCUUCCUUCUGCUAGUCCUUUUCUUUUGAGCUGAUUCAAGUCAGUGGAUUGGAUUUUCAGUGUUCACUUUGCAUGUAAAACCACUGAAUUAUUGAGUUUACAACCACCUGUAAAUAUGGAAAGAAUCAGGACCUUAGAGGUAAAUGCUUAUAAAGGAUUUAGAAGCAAUAUUCCAAAUAAUAAUGGCAGUUGAGUGUAACAAGAACGUGGUAUUUUCUCUUUAUCAGAGAAGAAAUUAGAGUGGGUGAGGAUGAGAAAGAGCCCAGAGAUGUUGAAAAGAGUAACAUGAGAGUGUAAGUGGCUGAAGGCGAGGGAGAAGCUGAAGAAAAUAAACAGGAGUAGCCAAAGGGAGGCAGUGGGUGUCUGGAACAGUGUAUUACUGUAGGAGGAAUGAAAGGUUACGAAAUGUUACAGAAAGUAACCAAAGUAAGCAAAGUAUCUGGAAUGGCUGGGUGUUCUGAACACUGAAUGGCAGCGAUCUGAGUGACUUCAGCUCUAAGCAAAAGUUCAAAGGCUCAAGAAAAAAAAAUUCCAGAGACCCACGGUUUUCCUGGCAUAAAUUUAACUAUGCAAAAUGCGUAUUGGAUUUAUUUCACUUUGUGAGGAGUUUCUUUAGCUAUAUACUUCCACUAACUUUUGAUACCAAGGAGGGAACUGCUGAACUAAGUAUGGUUUUCCAGUAAUGUCUCUUUGAACCAACGCUGUAGGGACAGAAGGGCAGAACAUUACAGUUCCAUAUCAGUAUUCCACUGGUACAUGCAGUAUUCUAAUGGCAGGUGGUGCUCCUACCAUUGCUUUUGCCCAAAUGAGUCUGCACUAAUACUGCAUCAAGAUAGUAGUACUGUAUGUGCCUGCUUUAAUUUUAAGAGCAGUGAAUUCUGUUCUACAGCCUGAACCUUGACGACUUUAAAACCAGGGAACAACACAAGCUAUGUAUUGUACAUCAUGUAUGUGGGUUUUUUAUUGUUCCCUAAUGUAAAACUGAAACUAAUAAAAAACUCCUUUGAAGAUCAAAACUA